GAAAUUUCCAACGCCCACGCCCCGACAGCCCCAGCUUCGAUCGACCCAGGUCUGCACUCCUACCAUUCUGCCAGCAGCGUCUGCAGACUGUUUUGCAUGCAGCAACCCCCCGGACUUAUUCUUGCGGCGUCGAGAGCGAAGCUGCUGCACAGAUGGCCAUGAGCAACUUCCCGACUCUUUCCUGACGACCUCUUUCCCUGUCUUUGCCCCUCGACUUGUGCCGCCAAUCCAUCCACCUGUGCCGUCGGCUGCUGUGCGCCACAAAUUGCGGACGCACUUCCUCCAAUGCUGGAGAAGACGGCUGCGAGCCUCGACCACUGCGGCCUACAGCGAGUGUUACCGUCGGCCACCAAGCCACUCCGCUCGACCAGGAAAUUGCACACUGCGUUUUGGCAACAUGGCGCCGUGGCCAGUGUCGAACUCUCCCAGGCAUGGCAAUCUCUAAUGCACGGCACUCUCUCCCGGGGUGAGAAUGCCGACGGCAACGAUACUCAGAGAGGUGUCAACCUGACAGCUUCGAGCUUCCUACUCGACUUUCUCUACCCCAACGGCGCUGUUGCCCUCAUGCGACGGUGGGCAUCAGCUUCGGAUCGAUCUGCCCGGUAUUCAUUUGCGCCCACGUCGACGCGGCUCUACACAUCAACAACUGCUCGUUAUGCGCCUGGCGAGAAUGAGGCUCGGCAGCCGGCGGCCCAUGAUGUCUCUAGGUCGACUGAAGACGGUUCUACGCCAUUUGCAAACCCUUAUGAAUCUAUAACCUCCGAUGUGGGCCAUUCGCCAUCGACCUCGACGCAACACCAAAAUGCACUGCAAGAGCUUCUUGCGGCCAAUAGCGCCGACCAGGCGGACGACCUGUGGCGCCAUUAUAAGGCACUCGGCGCCGAUCUGGCACUCCAAUAUACCUCCCGUGUCAUGGAGUUCUUGGCAAAUACGGGCAGGUUGGCAGACUCGUGGAAGGUCUCUGAACUGUUUCAUCAAAUUGAAGCUGCUGAGUGGGACGACAGGAUAUUUGUGGCUGGAGCUUCUGCCGAGCUCAAAUUGCAAAACACGCAGCACGGUCUUGACAUCUUCAGGAGGGGCAUAGACAAUGACAGGCUGGGCGAUGCUUCUCUUGUCCAUGUCCUGGAUCUACUUCUGGAUGUCUCGCUGCGAUCAUCAGACCCGGCUAUACUCGUAUCUUUGUGGUCCUCAUAUCCCAGAUUUGCAGCUCGACUGGACCUGAACGAAGUCACGUCGCAGCUCAAGCUCGUUGGGGUAGUUCCGGGCUUGGCUGAAAUGGCGCUCAAUCUCGAAAACUCUUUGCGAUCCGUGAUUCCGGAUCUUGACUUCAGCAGCGGGAAGGACCAUGGCUUCGGAAUUCUGCAGAGGAUGCUAGUGAAGAGCGCUGUGACGACUUGUGCCAGUAAUCUAGUUCUGCCACUUCUAGAGUCGACCAAAGAUCCUGCGGCCUUUGAAGAGUUUCUCAAACGGAGCACGGAACGUCGCCAAUAUCGCCUUGCCACAGAGGUUUACGACAUUUACCGUACGCUGCCGGGUAGUACUCCCAGUCGGAUGGUGAUGUAUGAAGCUUUCAAAGGCUACGCCAACCUCAGCGCAAGUCACAACACGAAGACCGCCGGCAUGGAUCAGCUCUGGGCCGACUGGCAUACAUUCCACGAGCGCCCUAGCCAGCGCGCAUAUCAACGCUUUCUGGCUUACUUCGCCGACCUGGGUGACAAAGCCAGGGUGCAUCAAAUGUGGAUAGACUAUGUCCAGAUCUAUGCUGACGCCGAUGUUUUGACGAGCGGUUCAGACACAUUCGCUCACCUUCUCCACGUACAUGCUGUGCUCGGAGAAGCAGGCGAGGUGCAGCGCAUCUUUGACGACAUGCGGGACAAAUUCAAGAUGCGCCCAAACCUCCAUUGUUGGAACAUCCUUCUUCACGGCUAUGCAAGCACUGGGGACUACGAUAAGACGUCUGAGAUUUUUGAGUUGUUAAGCGCGGAGCAUCGCCCAGACAGGUACAGCUACGGCACGAUGAUGCAGAUGGCCGGGUCGCGCGGUGAUCUUGGCUAUACAGCCGACCUCUACCGAAAAGCCCGCAGCCAAGGCCUGCGAGCUGAUGCGGCAAUUCUGGGCAGUCUUGUGGAGGCUUAUUGCCAGAACGACAUGUGGUCGGAAGCACAAGACGUGUGUGUUCGGGCUGCAAAGCUAGGCACGUUGGCAACACGUAUCUGGAACAAGCUUCUGUAUUAUCAUGCACUCCGGCGCGACCUUGCAAAGGUCAAUGAAUUGCUUCAGGUCAUGGCGAACCAUGGGGUGCCAUACAACAACUACACCUACCAGCAGCUGCUCUUGGCACUGUCCUUGUGUCGUCAGGCUGACCAUGCCUUGCACAUGCUGGUUAUCGGUCUCAAGGACCAUAUAUUCGAAGUAACCACGGACCAUUUCUACAUUGUCAUGGGUGCGUUCGUCCGCACGGGCGACACUCCACAAGUCUUACGCUUGAGCAAGCUGAUGGAAGAGUACGGAUUCCACAAGUCUUCCAAAAUUGCCUUUCGUUUGGCGGAGGCGCUUGCGCAGUGGCGCCUGACUCCGACUCACGCACGCAGCAAGCGUAUCGAAGAGUCCCUACUCAACGCCUUACAAGCAUUUCGCCAUAUAUACGAGCCCGUUCCGCCGAGUCCAAGCACGAACGACGGUCACUUUCAUCGCUCAACUGUUCCAAGCAGGAUCACCGAGCGUGGCUUAAUCACAUCUGGAUCCGUCGAGAACCAGUUUGGUACCUUGAGCUACCUGCUAGGUCAGCUUCGAGACUUUGCUGCCGGGAAAGAUCUGGUUCGUCUUUAUCAGCUCGUGUUUGGAGAAUACAACGGCGAGAAACACUUGCUUCCUGUGCCGCUGCUCAACUCAGUGAUGGCGGGCAACCUUGCCGAGGGCAAUCACGAGGGAGUCAGCACAACAUGGAACUUGUUGUUCAGGAAUGCUCGCAAGAAGCUGCGAUCGAAAGACUUUGCCGAUCCUGCCGAUCCGAAUAGAAUCUCUCCGAGAUAUCAGUACAUCCUCUGUACUGGCCUCAAAGUCUUACUAGAGUCCAUGCUCGUGAGAGAGGACGGUGCGGGUAUGCAAGAGGUCGUCCAACGAGUCCUCGCUGACGGGUUCUUCCUCGACAGCAAGACGUGGAACUACUAUGUCCAGGCACUAGUCAAGCUGAACCAAUACCGGCCAGCAUUUGAUGCUUGCGAGCAGAUGCUGAUGCCAGGAUGGCGCGGCUGGUUCCGAGCUCGAGCUCGCGAGCCGAUGCCCAACCAACUCUCCCUUGACAUCCGGAGAAAGGGAUCCUCGCCUCGCCAUCUAAGGCCCGUCACUACCACCCUGUACCGUCUGGCUAGAGGCUACAUGGAGCUCGACAAAAUGGCACCGUGGUCCCAGCCUGCCGCCAAGCUCUUGGAAGAGAUCGAAACGUCAUGUCCGAUGACAAUGCGAGCCAUCAGGUCCAUUCUACGGGUACAUUCACCACUUGAAUACGAGAUCUUUGGCGAAGACGGAUUCGCAGCAGACCAGAUGUCUGGAGAGGAGGGCACGUUUCAGGAGUCAGGAGAAGAUGAGCUAGACAAACAGGACGAGUCUGAGCAAUGGAAUGCUCCUGGUGCUCAGGAGGACGAUGUCCAUCAGGAUGUCCGGCCAUGAUCCCGAUCACUAUUGGAAAGCAGAUGCUCUUCGGAAGAGCGUGGUCACCCCAAUGUAUAAACUUGAUUGUCUUCAUACCUUGUACAUCACACGUUACGAACAUAUUAGAACGAAAAAAGGGUAGAACAGCUAUAUAGACUGAUGAGCAGGAGACAGCUCUCGACUGCUCUGUAUGAUAAAAGACUUGAUGACGAGCACAUAUUCUCUGCCAGGAUGCUCAGUAUUUUUCAUACUGAAUGAGGCCAAGCGGAUCAGCCAAACUACUCCAGACCAGAAUGUUUCGUGACAUGGAGAAAUUGAAUGAGACAAAGCCGACUUGCACAGAACACGCAAACUCAGUAGGGGGCUUCCGGACCAGCCUGACUCUCUCUUCCCCGGGAUCGGAGAGGCGCGUGCGCGUUCGUGGGUUCC